CUUUUUCUUUUUUUUCUUUUCUUUUUCUUGGGUUGCUGACAAAACUUCGGGUCUGAAGGGAGAAGGAAACGGGCCUCACCGAGGUGUGGAGGUGUAUCUCACCGAGAAAGAAAUGACGUGAUUGGACCAGGAUUUCAACACACAAUUUCCGACCCGUCUCAACUCAACAACCAUCUAUGCUUGGUCAUAUUGCAAGCUCCUCAUCCUUUUGACUCACCCUAGUCUCGACUACCUCACCUAGGCUUGGCUUAUUCCUCACAUUCCUCUCUCAUUUAGAAUCAAGAUUAUAAAAAGUUCUAGUACAAUGGUCCACGCCGACGCCUCAAACUUCGCCAAUGGCGUGACAAAGGAGGAGGCCUAUGAGCAGGUUCUCAUGCAAGCCGAAGGUCUUCUCGACGGCCAAAGGAACUGGGUCGCCAACCUCGCAAACACAGCCUCCCUCCUCUGGCACGCCUACCACUCCCUCACAGCCCCCUCCAACGCAGUAAACUGGGCAGGUUUCUACGUCCUCGACCCCUCCUCCACCUCCUCCACCUCCUCCACCUCCUCCACCACGCCCCCCAAACAAUCCCUCAUCCUAGGCCCCUUCAUGGGCAAAGUCGCCUGCCAACAAAUCCCCUUUGGCCGCGGCGUCUGCGGCGCCGCCGCCGCCACGCAGCAGACGCAGCUCGUGGCCGACGUCGAUGCCUUCCCCGGCCACAUUGCCUGCGACGGGGAUAGUAAGAGCGAGGUUGUGGUGCCGGUUGUUGUUGACGGGAAGUUGGUGGCGAUUAUUGAUGUGGAUUGUGCGGAGAGGGAUGGGUUUAAUGAGGUUGAUCGGGUUUGGUUGGAGAGGCUUGCGCUGUUGCUUGCUAAGGGGUGCGAUUGGUGAGAUAGUGAGAGGGAUGUGAUGGAGGGUUUCGAUGAAGGGAUGGUAUUGGAGGGAUGGAGGGGGAGAGAGACCCGGGGUCAGAAGAGGUGACGAGAGGACGAGUAGGUAGGGGGGUUUCAGUGGUAUCAA